AGGUCAGAAAGUCUUCAGCACUCACACAGUCAAUCCACUGUGAUUUCCUCAUUGCUGAUUUUGCUAGCAAGAUCAUCUUUCAUUCCGAUGAUAAAUAAAAAGAGAUGAUCCUCCCUUGGAGCCAGCAUAGUUUAAUAUUUGACCAUGGCCGCUAAUAGCAGACCAAAUGCAGCAGGCUUCUAUGUGGAAGAAAACAAAGAUAAUGUAUACGAAACAGUCCUUGGUGAGAUUAAAUACUUAGAGCUGCCUCUGGGAAUCACAUUAGGAUCUGUAUAUGAUGACCAACCAAAUGCACACCAAAAGUUUAUAGAAAAACUAGAUGCAUGCAUUCGUAACCAUGACAGAGAGAUUGAAAAGAUGUGCAAUUUUCAUCAUCAAGGCUUUGUGGAUGCUAUUACAGAACUUCUUAAAGUAAGAGCUGAUGCAGAAAAAUUAAAGGUCCAAGUUACUGAUACCAACCGAAGGCUUCAAGAUGCUGGGAAAGAGGUGAUUGCACAAACGGAGGAAAUAAUCCAGUGUAGACUUCAACAAAGGAAUAUUACAACAGUCGUUGAAAAACUUCAGUUGUGUCUUCCAGUACUGGAGAUGUACAGCAAAUUAAAAGAGCAGAUGAAUGUAAAAAGAUAUUAUUCAGCUUUAAAAACUAUGGAACAGCUAGAAAAUACAUACUUUCCAAGAGUUAGUCAGUAUCGAUUUUGUCAGAUAAUGACUGAAAAUCUACCAAAACUCCGUGAAGAAAUAAAAGAAAUUUCCAUGUCAGAUCUUAAGGACUUCCUGGAGAGUAUUCGGAAACAUUCUGAUAAAAUUGGAGAAACUGCAAUGAAACAGGCACAGCAGCAGAAGACCUUUAAUACUGCUCUCCAGAAGCAGAACAAUCUCCAUUAUGGGAGGAAUGUGUAUAUGAAUAAUGAAGGAGAUCCAGAAACAAGGAAUGAAAUGGUUUCAAAGCAAAAUUUUGAUGAAGAAGAGGAGCAUGAAGAUGAGGUUCUGACAGCACAUGAUCUGGUAGAUUUCUCUCCUGUUUAUAGAUGUUUGCAUAUUUAUUCAGUUUUGGGUGAUGCAGAGACAUUUGAGAACUACUACAGAAAACAGAGACGGAAACAAGCAAGACUUGUGUUACAGCCACAGUCAAACAUGCAUGAAACAGUAGAAGGCUAUAGAAGGUACUUCAGUCAAAUUGUAGGUUUUUUUGUAGUGGAAGAUCACAUUUUACAUGUAACCCAAGGACUGAUUACAAGAGCUUACACUGAUGAACUUUGGAACAUGGCACUUUCAAAGAUUAUUGCUGUCCUUAGAACUCAUUCAUCCUAUUGCACUGAUCCUGAUCUUGUUCUGGAGCUGAAGAAUCUGAUUGUUGUGUUUGCAGAUACCUUGCAGGGCUAUGGCUUCCUUGUGAACAGACUAUUUGAUCUUUUAUUUGAAAUAAGAGACCAGUACAAUGAGACUCUACUUAAAAAAUGGGCUGUUUUGUUCAGGGAUAUUUUUGAAGCCGAUAAUUACAGUCCGAUUCCUGUAUCAAAUGAAGAGGAGUAUAAAAUUGUGAUUAGCAAAUUUCCUUUUCAAGAUCCAGAACAUGACAAGCAGUGUUUUCCAAAGAAACUUCCAAUGUCUCAGUCAGUGCCUCAGAUUUAUAUCCAGGUUAAAGAAUUCAUUUAUGCAAGCCUUAAAUUUUCAGAAUCCCUUCAUCGCAGUUCAACCGAGAUAGAUGAUAUGCUUAGAAAAGCUACAAAUUUGCUGCUGACUAGAACUUUAAGCAGUUGUUUACAAAAUCUCAUCAAAAAGCCUCACAUGGGUUUGACGGAGCUAGUGCAAAUUAUCAUAAACACAACACAUUUGGAACAAGCAUGUAAAUAUCUUGAGGACUUUAUAACUAAUAUUACAAAUAUCUCCCAAGAGACUCUUCACACAGCACGACUCUAUGGUCUUUCAACAUUUAAGGAUGCAAGACAUGCUGCUGAAGGGGAGAUUUAUACCAAACUUAACCAAAAGAUUGAUGAAUUUAUCCAACUUGCUGACUAUGAUUGGACAAUGACUGAGCCCGAUGGAAGAGCCAGUGGCUAUUUGAUGGACUUGAUUAACUUCUUAAGAAGUACCUUUCAGGUUUUUACUCACCUGCCUGAGCUGCUGUGAUAUGGUGUGUUCUGGGCAUGAAUACUUGAAAAUAGAGGUGUGACUAGAUUGUUCUGAAAGAAGUAAGAUUGGGAUUCAUGCAGAGGCUUAGCUGACUGGUUAAUCUGAGAUUUUGACAUUUGGAACAAAGGAAAAGGAGAACCUCAUAUCUGAAGCAGCUGUGUAGGUAGGGAGAGAAGAAAAUUCAAACUCCCAGAAAGAUGUUGGAUUAGGAAAAACAAGAGGACAUUGAUUUCCAAAAGCAAGUUUCUUUUUUUCUACCUCUCUCUCUCCAGAGAGACUGAGGAAAACCUAGCUUGCAGACAGAAUCUACAUUCAACUCAACCCUUCCGAAGCAGUUGCAUGUAUAGGGAAAGCUUUCUUGGACAGUUGAGAGAGCGAACAAACUUAAGAAACUGCCUUAUAAAGAAUGAAAACAUUAGUCCAUCAAGCCCAGUAUUAUCUUCUGUGAUUAUCAGUGGCUCUUUGAGGUCUCAGGGAUCAGUUCAAGCACCUGCUAUCGGAGAUCCUUUUAACUGGCAGUAAUCAGGAGUUGAAGAAGAUCAAGUGACCAACUUGAAUGAGUAGAAGGGCUUUCAGCUAAGACAAAGCCACUGUUGUAGCCAGCUCCUAAACCUAUUAUUGUUUUUAUUUACAUGGCUCUUUGUUACUUGUAGCAGACUUGUGGGGAGAAAGUUUGGUCCUUAAAAAUUAGCAUCUUUCAGAAAGCUUAUUUGUUACUAAUGGACACUCAUCUAUAGCCAGCAUAUGCCUGAAGCAGUUGAGAAAUGUCACUUUAAAAGAAACCAAAAAUAGUAGUCAAUGAAACUUAUUUCAACCAAAAGCAUUUAGCAAUACACUGUUAGUUUUGAGGCUGCAUGAUGAUAGGAAAUCCUUUUUUAAAUGUAUGUUAUGCUUACGAAGUGAAGUAGCUAUGAUUUUGUAGCUUCUUUAGUCAAGACAGUGACUUGGCUUGUAUGCUAAAACAGCCACUGUGGCUUGAUUUCCUGUGUGAGCACCUGUAUUUUACUAGUUGCAUCCAUAGAUGUCUGGCUUGCUGUGGCUUGUUGUGUUGUGUGAACCCAGGCUGCAGAGGUUGUUUGAGGAUUAAACAACCCUCUAAAGUUCAUGGCUUGUUUUACGUUUAUUGGAGAAUUGUCUGACCCUCAAACAACCCUGACACCUUGGUUCACACAAUACAAGUUGUGGCAAGCCAAGUGCCUAUUAGCAUUCAGCAUGUCAUGAUAGUAAUUGUGGAUAGAUGAAUCCACCCUACAGGCAUAGUAUAUGAAGCUGUGCCAUGGCGACAUCUUUAUUAUAGGAUAGUUUUCCCCAACCUACUAUCAUCCAUAUGUGUUAGACCAUCUUUCCCAUCAUUCCCAGCCAGUAAUGAUUCUGCAGUUGCAGAUUAUGGGAAUUGUAAUGAAAGACUUCUGGAACACACCAAAUUCAGGAAGGCUGGUAGAAAACAUUAUCACUGUCUUUGUGAGAUGUGUGAACUGGCUUCAUAAAAUAGCAGAUUUCACCUUCAUUCAUGAGUAAAAUGUAGCAAGGCAAUGUCACUUUUAACCUUUUGAGUUUAAAGAUAAAAGUAUCAAAUAUCAAAAACCUAUAGGGUUUUCCCUAUAUUAAUAAGUUGGUUUAGAAGUUUUUCUUUUACUUAAAUUUUUACUGUUGUUGGAAAAUACGUAGAUAAGUUUGUGCAAUGAGGAAUAUGCAGAUAAGUUUGUGUAAAAUAUUUUUCUUCACUAAUUUUGGUAUGUACUUAAGCUUUUUUACGCACAUCUUCAGUCAUCUAUAAAGUUAUGAUUUAUGGAUAUUUCACAGUUGAGACAAUUAUCUGAAUGGCUUAAGGUUUCUAGUCAUGGCAACUGUGGUAUCGUCUGAUUUUCCUAAACGUUUGCUCAUAUUUACUUUGUCUGUGUCAUCACUAGAUAGCAAUAAUGUUGGUGUCCUUUAAAAAGAGCACACUAAAAGCAAAAAACAGAGCUUCGUAUUGUAUCAAAAUAGACCCUUUUAAACCUUCUGAUCAAUGGCAUGGAUCAAUGUACUUUAAACACUGUUAUUUUAUUUGGAUUAAGAUUCACUGACUAUCCCUUAAGCAUAUUUUUGAUAAUGUAGCUAAGUAACAGACUGGUAUAAUGGCUAUGGUACCACUCUCCCCAGAUUGAACAGGAAGCACUUCCGUGUGCACAAAGCUGAGGGGCGAUGCUUUCUUCUGGCAAUGGACCCUCAUGCUGCAUGUGGUGCUGCUCUACCUCAACUCUGAUAUGAGAGGUAUCGGAGGCACUUGCUCAGUGGCAGAAAGAUCUGCUGCUGGAAGAGGGAGGGCAGCUCAAAUGCCUCUGUGUGUAAGAAGUUCUGCUAUAGAGAUUUGUGUCCAUCUAAGGAGCUCUGAAACUCUCAUGUUAAUUGACUACAAUCAAAAAAUCAGUUGACAUACCAGAUAAACAUUUCCAGACUAUCUUCUAGAAAUUCUUUUUAGAAAGGAUAUUUUACUACUCUGACUCUCACAGUUCCACUAUGCUUGUAUUAACUCCUCAAUAUUUUACGAUAUUAGAUAAUGCUUUAAAAUGGAUAUUUAUUUGGAUCAGCAACUCCAGAUGGAAAGUUUAUUAACCUCACCAAGUUUUUGUGUAAUCAUGGCAGAUCAGAUUAUUUUUUAUCUCAGACAAUAUUUUUGAACCAUUCAGAUAAUCAGGAAAUAAAGUUUAUGUAUUUACUUACUUGUUUGUUAGAUUUAUAUCCAUUUUUUCUUUUGAAGAACUCAAAGUGGCUUACAUCAUUCUCCUCCCCCUGCUCUUAAUCUUAUCCAUACAACAACCUUGUGAGGUAG